AUGUUUAAAGUGUUUGGAUUCGGUGCGAGGGAAGAGGUUCCUGAGCUUUCACAAGAAGAGAAAACGAAAGCCAUCUUGAAACAAGCUCAUGAUUUCGAACAGGCAUUGCGUGCGAUGGAUUACGUCCUGGACGAUAACGCUGAUGAGGGCUUGGCACUGCUAGAUGAGAGUGAUGCUAAGGAAGGAUCAGAUCAAACUAUUAAUGCCUUGGCUCGUGGUGUCAUUGAAUUUUUGGAGGCGACUUUAGGUUUUGAAGCUGAGGAGAUGAAAAAGGCUUCUGCCACUUUGGCUAAGGCAGAAACUUUGUCAUUGAAAAGCAGAGAGAAGGCCCAGAAGGUUGGUCUGAAAAGUAGUUCUAUGUACCCACCCGGGACGGUUUAUGCCGUGACUUAUACUGAGUCCUGUCUUUUGCAUGCCCUAUUGAUGAUCUUCAGUGAAAGUAUGAUGGAGGCAGCCAAGGCGAUUUUGAAGCUCAGAAAAUCGUACUACAUGUUGCAAGAAAUUUUGGAAACUAUUAAAGCUGCAAAUAAGGCCAAGAAAAUGGAACUAUCGUCUGGUGGUGAAGAUAAAGAAUGCACGCCAGCAACCUUUAUAACUGGUGGCGAUGCGUUUAAUUCCGUUGAUAUUCCUUAUGAACUAAGCCCAGAGGAACAAAAGGACAAAGAUCUUCUUCAGUUUGCCGAGCAAAUCCAUAGCAUGAGGGUUGAAAGAUUGUCCGGCGCCCAUAUUGGUAACUCUCCUGCAAUUAAUAGACUGAGAGGUCAAUUGGGUUUACAAGCAAUGGAAGAUUUGCCAGAGAGGGAAAUUACCGACCAUCAAGUUCUUUCAGAUGACAUAGAUUUAAGUCAAGCUACGAUCGAUGAAUUCGUCCAUUCCGGUGUCAAUCUAUGUUUUGGUAUCUUAAAAGUAGUCAUAUCGCUUUUGCCGCCUGCUAUUGGUGCAGUUCUUUCUGUAGUUGGUUUUAGAGGUUCCAGGGAAGAGGGUCUAAGGCUUGUUUGGAAAGCGACAAAGCAAAGAAAUGUUCAUGGUUGUAUUGGUUUGUUGGCUUUAAUGUUCUACUACGAUGGACCCUUCCAAUUUACUGACGAUGACUUCGACAUACCUGCAGCAAUCAAGGAUUCUAAUGGCAGUGAGGAUUCAGACGAUGAAGAUAUGGACGGGCCUACAUUGCUGCAUCCUGGGAAGAUUCUGGAGGACGCAUUGUUGCAAUCAAGAGCACUAUUUCCCAACAGCGCAUUAUGGCUGUUGAAUGAGGCAAGGAUGCUGUCUGGUAAGGGGCGUUUAGAGGAGGCGGUCGCGCUGAUGGAUUCAAUUGACGUUACCAAAAUUCGCAUGAGACAGGUUAAGUCUUUGAUGAUUUUUGAUCGCGCUAUCACGUUAAUUCAUUUGCAUCAAUAUGAUAGAGCCGCAGAAGAUAUUCUAUCGCUGUUGGACAUUAGCGAUUGGUCACAUGCCUUUUACACAUAUUUUGCUGGUUGCUGCUAUUUAGAAAACUGGCGAAUGUGUGAAAUGGGAAUAAUGAAGUCUGACCAAAAGGAUGAGUAUCAAGAGAAGGCUAAAGAACUCAUUUUCAGUUCGGUGGAUUUGCUAGGUAAGAAGACUUUCAAAUCAAAAAAUCUUCCAUUGGAUAGGUUUAUACUGAGAAAAGUUGAGCAGUUCAAGGAAAACGAAGAGGAACUUGGAGUGGAAAAUCCACUGGAUGCCAUCGCUACUUCACCAGUGCACGAAAUUGCAUACUUCUAUAAUGGUUAUAAUAGAAUGUCCGAAGAACAUUUAAAAUUAGCCAAGAAAAUGCUAACAGAGUAUAGAAACCCUGCCAUUGAAGCCUUAGACCCAGAUCAAGAGUUAGUCAAGGAUCUUUUGGUUUCUUUGACAUUAAGGAGACUGGGCAAUAUUGAAGAAGGUUGUGAUAUAUUGGAUGAAAAGGUUUUACCUAAAUUCUUUUCCGUCCAAAAUGGUAAGGUGAAGUAUAUCAAGAAGGCUGAAGAUCCAUGGGCUUAUCCGACCGCCCUUUAUGAACGCGCUCUAUUCACGUGGAAACUAAAGGGUAUGGAAGGCCUCUCAGAAAGCAAAGAAUGGUUGUUGAGAGCUCAAGGCUAUGCAGAUGACUAUGAGUUGAGUACGCGUGUAGGUAUGAAGAUUAAAGCUGCCAUUGACCGGGUUGACCACUCGCUGUAA